AUGAAGAAAAUAGUCCAUCUUGUCUAUUUUCAGUGCCUUGUUUUUCUUCUCACGAAGCAUCUAUUCCUAUCAAAAACAGUAAUGGCAGAACCAAGGGCCAAGACUGUCAAAAUAACAUGCAACCAUAAGCUAGAGCACAACACCACAAUCUUUGUUCCAAAUUUUGUUGCAACUAUGGAGAAGAUCAGUGAACAAAUGCGCAACACUGGUUAUGGCACAGCAGUUGUAGGCGCAGGAGGACCUGACACUAACUACGGGAUGGCACAGUGCUAUGGAGAUCUUUCAUUACUUGACUGUGUGUUAUGUUAUGCUGAGGCACGCACAGUUCUUCCACAGUGCUUCCCUUAUAAUGGUGGUCGCAUAUACCUUGAUGGUUGCUUCAUGAGGGCUGAAAACUAUAGUUUCUAUAAUGAGUAUAUUGGACCAGGGGACAAGUCUGUUUGUGGAAACUCAACAAAGAAGAACACAAGUUUUCAAGCAGCAGCAAAGAAGGCUGUUUUGAGUGCAACUCAAGCUGCACCAAACAACAAAGGUUAUGCUAGGGAGAAGGUGGUUGUGUCAGGAACAACAAAUGAUUCAGCUUAUGUUUUGGCUAAUUGUUGGAGGAGUUUGGACACAAGGUCUUGUAAAGCUUGUCUUGAGAAUGCAUCUUCUUCCUUAUUGGGGUGCUUGCCCUGGUCAGAAGGGAGAGCACUGAACACUGGAUGCUUCAUGAGGUACUCGGACACAGAUUUUCUCAACAAGGAACAGGAAAAUGAAAGUUCAAGAGGUAAUGUAGUAGUGAUAGUGAUUGCAGUAGUUAGUGCAGUGGUUGUUUUGGUGGUUGGAAUAGCUAUUGUGGUUUAUAUCCGCAAACUCAAAUACAUUCAAAGGAAACGAAGAGGUUCAAAUGAUGUUGAGAAAUUAGCUAAGAGCCUUCACCACAAUAGCUUGAACUUCAAGUACUCUACACUGGUGAAAUCUACUGAAUCUUUUGCUGAAGUUAACAAGCUUGGGCAAGGAGGAUUUGGAACUGUUUAUAAAGGAGUUCUGGCUGAUGGAAGAGAGAUUGCUAUCAAGAGGUUAUAUUUCAACAACAAACAUAGAGCAGCAGAUUUCUACAACGAAGUCAACAUAAUUAGUAGUGUGGAACACAAGAAUCUAGUAAGACUCUUAGGAUGCAGUUGUUCAGGACCUGAAAGCCUACUUGUAUAUGAAUUUCUACCUAACAGAAGUCUUGAUCGCUUCAUAUUUGAUAAAAGAAAAGCUAGGGAACUAAACUGGGACAGGCGAUACGACAUUAUCACUGGGACAGCUGAAGGACUGGUUUACCUUCAUGACAACUCCAAAAUUAGGAUAAUUCACAGAGAUAUCAAAGCCAGCAACAUCUUGUUGGAUGCAAAGCUUCGUGCCAAAAUUGCAGAUUUUGGUUUGGCCAGGUCCUUUCAAGAAGAUAAGAGCCACAUUAGUACAGCUAUUGCUGGAACUCUGGGUUAUAUGGCUCCAGAGUACCUAGCACAUGGUCAGUUAACAGAGAAGGCUGAUGUAUAUAGUUUUGGAGUGUUGCUGCUAGAAAUAGUUACUGGGAGACAGAACAACAGGAGCAAAGCAUCAGAAUAUUCAGAUAGCCUAAUUAUAAUGACAUGGAAGCAUUUUAACUCAGGAACUGCAGAACAACUAAUUGAUCCACAUCUAGUGUUGGAGGAUCACAGAAGCAAUGUUAAGAAUGAGAUUUUAAGAGUGGUGCACAUAGGACUCUUAUGCACCCAAGAAAUCCCUUCCUUACGACCAACUAUGUCAAAGGCACUACAAAUGCUAACAAAGAAAGAGGAGAACCUGGCAGCACCCUCUAAUCCACCUUUCAUUGAUGAAAGUACCAUGGAACUCUUCCAUGAUAUAAAGGAUGACCAAUUUUACCCUCUCAAUGCAGCAGACUCAUUGGCUACUAUGUCUCAUAGCUCAUUUUACCCUAGGUAA